AUGUGGGUGAAGGUGUGUGUGGGCCUGAUGGCCAUUGCAUUGGGUCUCCUCCAUCAUCUGCAGCCGGACUUCCUGGAAGCUGCCCAGGACUACCUCUCCUCAUCCCUGCAGAGCAUCUCCCCCGGGGUGACCCCAUCUCACCCGUCUCUGGAGGAAGCUCUGUCUGCGACAUGGGACGCCCUGAUCACAGCACCCGCCACACACUGGGGGAAGGUGGCCGUUGGGGUGAAUGCUUGUGUCGAUGUAGUAGUCUCAGGGGUGAGCGUGCUGAAAGCAUUGGGUCUGAGCCCCCACGCCGGAGGAGAUCACCUGGUUCUCAACACUCAGGAGGAACUGGCCGAGACCUUCCAGCACUAUAUGCAGCGAGGUGCGGCAGCCGAACGUUUCUAUAGUGAUGCUGACAGCUUUCAGCACAUCUCCCGCACUGCUUCCAAAGAACCAGGAGCCAAGCAUUUUGUUGGAGGAAAUGCUGCUCUCAUUGCUCAGAGACUGACAACACAUCCAAAUCUGGAGGUUCUCCUGUGUGGGCCAAUAGGUCCUAAGCUACAUGAAUUAUUGGAUGAAAGAAUUGUUGUACCCCCAGCAUCACUGAAGGAGCAGGACGAGUACCAUCUUAUACUGGAAUAUAAAGCUGGGGAGAAGUGGGGCUCAGGUCAAGCUCCAGCUGCAAGCAGGUUUAUAUUUUCUCAUGAUUUAUCAAAUGGAGCCAUGACGUCACUGGAGAUUCUGCUUUCCAGUCUGGAGGAAUUCCAGCCAGAGCUAUUGGUUCUUUCGGGGCUGCACAUGAUGGAGGGAUUAUCCCAGGAGGCAAGAGCCAACCGCUUGCAAGAGGCAGCCACUGCAUUGUCAGAUGUCCCUUCAGAUAUUCUCAUUCAUCUAGAGCUGGCUAGUAUGACUGACGGAGAUUUAAUGAGAGGAAUCAUUCACCAGCAGGUCUUUCCAGUGAUCAGUUCUGUGGGUCUUAAUGAACAAGAGCUUCUUUUCCUCAGCCAGUCAUCCUCUGGUCCUCACUCAGCACUCCCAGCAUGGUCAGGAAUCCCGGAUGUUGGAAUAGUGAGUGACAUCUUGUUCUGGAUUCUGAAGGGUUCUGUUGAUGGAGAUUCUGCUCUUACCAGAGUCCACUUCCACACUUUGGCCUACCACAUUCUGGCCACUGUGGAUGGCUUUUGGGGAAAUCAGGUGGCUGCUGUCGCUGCAGGUGCUCGGAUUGCUGGCACCCAAGCUUGUGCCAGUGAAAUUAUUGAACCUUCAAAAGUAACACUGAAAAGCCCACUGGAAUUUUCUACCUCCAAAACAGACAUGGGUCCCACUGCCAGGGUGAGUGCCAAGGAACCUGUGGCAGUUUGGAAGAAAGGUGGAGUUACCUUCCAUUUCACACCUGUGCUCAUAUGCAAAGAGCCUGUUAGGACUGUGGGCCUGGGUGAUGCUAUAUCUGCGGAAGGAUUGUUGUUUUCAGAAGUGAAGACUGAAUGA